AUGAGGAACAUUGUCGUUCUCGGCGGAACCUCCCACCCCCAGCUCACAGAGACCAUCUGCAACCACCUCGGCAUACCCAAGGCCAAGGUCCUUCUUGACAAGUUCAAGGGCGGCGAGACCAGAGUGGAGAUCCAAGAAAGUGUCCGCGGCAAGGAUGUCUUCAUCAUUCAGUCUGGUGGUGGUAAAGUCAACGACCAUUUGAUGGAACUGCUUAUCACCAUCUCGGCCUGCCGAACUGCCUCUGCGAAGCGCAUCACCGCCGUCCUUCCUCUCUUCCCAUACUCGCGACAGUCGGACAUUCCCUACAACAAGACGGGCGCACCGCUGUCAAAAGUGCCUGGGCGCUCAAGGACCGGCACAUACACGCUCGAAUCUCGCCCGCAGACGCCCCACCCAGGCCAGCCUGAGAGCGCAGGUCUUGCAAAUGGAUCGGCAUCACUGCACCACCAGCUCAGCAAGAUAAAGCUCGACGAGCGCAAUGGCAUUACCUCGAACCCCUCAAGCCCUGUCAAGACAAAUGGCAUCAAGCGCACCGACACGCUUGACUCUACCAAGGGAGACAAGGCGUACUUUGGCGCUGACCAUGCCACCAACGGCGUUAAUGGUACCAAUGGCACUCAGACGCCCGGUACUUUGACACGUCAAGCCACCAUUACAAAACCUCCAGCUUUCGAGCCACAGGUCGGAUACCGCCAAUGGGUCGCCCAGGCCGGUACUUUGAUCGCGGAUCUUCUGACAUGUGCUGGGGCCGACCACGUUAUUACUAUGGAUCUCCACGACCCGCAAUACCAAGGGUUUUUUGAUAUCCCCGUCGACAACCUUUACGGGCGUCACCUCCUGCGCAAAUACAUCCAAUUCAAUAUCCCCAACUAUCAGCAGGCCGUUGUAGUCUCCCCUGACGCAGGUGGUGCCAAACGAGCCACCGCUAUCGCUGAUGCACUCGGCAUGCCCUUUGCACUUAUCCAUAAAGAGCGCCGUCCAACCCAGAUCAGUGACCGGCAGAAUGCGACCAUGAUGUUGGUUGGAGACGUAUCAGCUCGCACGACGAUUCUCAUCGAUGACUUGGCGGAUACGUCCAACACCAUUACCCGUGCAGCGAAGCUCCUGAAGAAGGAGGGCGCUACACAGGUAAUUGCGCUCAUCACGCACGGCAUUCUGAGUGGAGAUGCCAUUGAUCGCAUCAACGCUAGUGCACUGGACAAGGUUAUCGUGACCAACACGGUACCUCAGGACGAGCACAAGUCGAGGUGCCCCAAGCUGGAGGUUUUGGAAGUGGGCAAUGUGUUUGCUGAGGCUAUUCGCCGCGUCCACCACGGUGAGAGCAUCAGCGUGCUGUUCGAUUACAGUUAG